AUGACUAACAUAUCAGAAUUACCACAUGAAUUAAUAGUUGAAAUACUUUUUAUUUUGAGUCCAUCCGAGACUCAAUCAUUGAUUAGCAAACUUUAUCAAAUACUUGAAAACCUUCCACCUAAUUUGAAUAUUGCAGCGAAUAAUGUAAGGCUAUUAAUUAGCUUUGCUUUUCAAAGGCUCUAUAGUGGCAAGCUAUUGGUGACAUCAGAUUCCUGUUGUAAAAAGGGAGAAGAAAUUGGAUCAGAUGCGGUACUAUCGCUCCGCAAUUUUGAAGAUAAAUUUCUUGAAAGCAGGGAGAACGAAAUAGAGAACAUUCUUUUCAAAAAGACACGGCCUCAGAUUCUUACUUUUAGGUUCAUUCGAGACGUCAAUGAUUAUAGUAAUUUUGUUGAAGACUUGUAUUCAUUAAAUGCAAUAUUUGACAAUUUGAGUGACAGAAAUGAAAUAACGAAGUAUAUUGGCAUUGCAUGCCAAUUAGAACUAUAUAUUGAUGGGUACACAAUAGGAGUAGAAUCACCAACGGCAAUAUUGGUGGCAGUAUUGAAGACUUUGAUAAGCUUAGCAAAUCCCAAUACGGCCUUGAAAAAUUCGCUCAGCAGUAAAUUCAAAAGCAUUACAAUCAAGUCUACCGAUAUUGGAAACUAUUAUGUUUCCCGUUGGGGCCAGCUAUUAGGCUGCUUUACGAAUAUCACUCAUUUAAAUUUAUCUGACAAUAUAAUAAAACUGGAUUCGAAUCCUAGAAACGAAGGAGAACUGGGUAUAAAGAUCGAUUUGUUGGCAAACGAUUUUGUUUGGCCUCCUUCCUUGAAAGAAUUGAAUUUAGACAACAAUUUGUUGACUUACAUUUCAAAAAAAUUUGUGCUCAAAUUAUCACGUACUUUAGAAAAGUUGCUGAUAUGUUCGAAUAAACUAACUACUUUGGGCCAAGACGAUCUACAAUUUUUUAAAUUUAUCGAAGUAUUGCCUCAGUUAACCACUUUGAAAUUGAAUUACAACAAUACCCUAAUGCUUGUAAAUGAACAUAUGUUCGACAAAAUUUCUCUGAAAGGCAAAUUUAGAACUUUAGAAUUACGUGGAUGUAAUAUUGAUGAACAUAAUAUGUUACUGUUGAAAGGAGUCUCAGUUAGGGAGAAUUUUUGUUUGCUUGAUUAA